AUCGACCUUCUUUACUAGGACUUCCUCUCAAUCCCUUAUCUCCUCGUCUGCUCAACCACUCUCAAUCUCAAACAAUCUUCACUUCUCUCUUGAAAGUUACUAGUUAAGACAUCGCAACCAUGAAGUCAACCGCUGCAGCUGUUGUGGCUGCUUUGGCAGUCACCAUUCCUGCUACUUCUGCUGGUAAACACAAAAUGAAACUUCACAAAAUGCCAGCUUCUUCUUCUUUCAACUCUCAGACUGCACUCAACAAUCUACAAUCUCAAGCUGCUUGGCUCACUCAAAAGUACUUUGGAGACCUCGACGGUAAUGGAUUUGCUCAAAACAAGUUCAGAUACGGUCGUCCUGCUCAAGGAAAAGGUCAAAAGGGUGAGAUGAACAUCCAAAUGAUCGAAGAAGAAGAAUUCGAGGCUAUAAACCAUGAUGUGCCCCUCAGCAAUUAUUUGAACGCUCAAUACUUUUCUGAGAUCACCAUUGGUACUCCACCACAAUCUUUCAAAGUGAUCUUGGACACUGGGUCCUCAAAUUUAUGGGUUCCUUCCACCCGCUGUACCUCGAUCGCGUGCUUUUUACAUUCCAAGUACGAUUGCGAGGCUUCUUCAUCCUACAAAGCCAAUGGAACCGAAUUCCAAAUUCGAUAUGGAUCAGGUUCCCUCGAGGGUGUCAUCAGUAACGAUGUGGUUAGGAUUGGUGAUCUCGAGAUUCGAGACACUGACUUUGCUGAGUCUACCAAAGAGCCUGGUUUGGCUUUUGCCUUUGGCAAGUUUGACGGAAUCCUCGGUCUUGGAUAUGACACUAUCUCCGUCUUACACACCGUCCCACCAUUCUACGAGAUGAUUGAACAAGGUCUCUUGGACGAACCUGUCUUUGCUUUCUAUCUCGGUACCUCUCACGAAAGUGGUGUUGAUAACCAGGGUGGUGAGGCCAUCUUUGGUGGUAUCGAUGAAGCUCACUAUGAGGGUGACAUCCACUACGCACCCGUGCGUCGUCGUGGUUACUGGGAAGUCGCCCUUGAGGGUGUCAGAUUUGGAAAAGAAGAGAUGAAGUUGGUCAACGUUGGUGCUGCCAUUGAUACUGGUACCUCUUUGAUUGCCUUACCUACCGAUACUGCCGAGAUUAUCAACGCAUCACUCGGAGCCAAGAAGAGCUGGUCUGGACAAUACACUGUUGACUGUGACAAGAUCCCCACUUUGCCUGAUCUCACCUUCACCUUCGCCGGUAAGGACUUCACUAUCACCGCUGAAGAUUACAUCUUACAGGUUCAAGGCACCUGUAUCUCAUCUUUCUCUGGCCUCGAUAUGCCCCCUAACGUUGGCGAGUUAUGGAUCAUCGGUGACACUUUCCUCCGAAAGUGGUACACUGUCUAUGACCUCGGCCGUAACGCUGUCGGUUUCGCCAAAGCUCGUUAAAUGAUGCUUCAAUGUCAGGAUUAGAGUCUAUCUUUGAAUAAGCACACUUCCUUCAAAGCUAUCCCAGGACUAUUCCUCGAGACACUUUCCAUCCACUGGACCGACCAAAUUGUUCCUCUCUUUCAGUAUCUUUCUUUCAUUCUAGUCAGAUGUCGUCUUCUCCUGCACUGAUCCUUCAGUGUUGUACUACCAUUGUCCCACCAUCUCCUCAUUACUCUUAUCAAAGUAUUUGUUACUCUGCUUUUGAUGCAAUAUCAUUCUUUAUUCAAGUGUGUAUGUGUUCUAUGAUUGUAAGAGGGGUGUCUGUUGUGAAACCAGAUUCUGUUCUUUUUAUAGUUGUC